AAGGGGGCGUGGUGGAGUCUCAGGUUUAGUUGCUACAGUAUAAAAAGUGUCAACGAAACGGAGGAGGAGAAAAGAGCUGCUUUAGCCCCGAAGACGCCCUCAUUCAUCUGAGACUAUCUGAGGAUAAAGACUGAACAUUCAACCAUGAAGUUUCAAAUCUUGUUCUUUAUUCUGCUCUUGGCUUGCAUGUAUCCCAGUUUGGCUCAAGGCUCAUACGAAAACUGCUGUUUGAAGUACGUGGUUGGCAUUAAAAAGCAAAUGCGAAGAAAUAUUGUGGGUUACGUCAAACAGGAAACAGAUGGAGGAUGCAAUAUUCCUGCGAUUGUGUUCAGGCUGAAGAAAUCAAGGACGCUGUGCGCUGAUCCAAAACAACCAUGGGUCAGAGACCUGAUGCAGAUAAUUGAUAAAACUUACUUCCCUGCGUAAGGAAUGAAUUCAUAGAAAGCUGUUGCAGGACCAAUCCCUCUGUGAAUGACUGUUUAUCAUGUUUCAUCAACAAAACAGCUAAAUAACAACAGCAAUGUUUGUUAUUAUUUGUUGUUAUCACUAUAAGUCCUUCUGAUUCAUUAUUUUUCCACCAGACUAUGAAUUUUUAUUUUCAUGCGAAGUUCAUAAUGAACUGUGUUGUAGAUGCUUGUCUUCCUGUUCAAUGUAUAAGCACAAUGCGAAUGUACGAACUGUGAAUGUUUGACCUUUAUGUCCCCAUACUCCAUAUAUUUUUUUAAAGAUUUCAUUUGAAUAUAACCUGUGAACUGAAUAGCCUAUAUGUAAAUGUUUGUGGGUGCAUGCGUCCGUGUGUGGGUGCGCGCACGCGUGUGUGUGAGAGAGAGAGAUAAAGAAAGUGCAGUACAUCUACUUUUAUUGUUGUUUUCUUAUUAUAAUAAAAUUUUACUAUUUUA